AGAUACCGAAGAAGAAUGGAAUCAUGUUGCUGAUAAUUAUUUGAGACAAUGGAAUGUGCCAAACUGCAUCGGUGCAAUGGAUGGCAAGCAUAUUGAGUUUAAAGUUCCUCUCAGUCAAGGAUCAUUGUAUUAUAAUUAUAAGGGUACAAACAGUAUUGUUUUAUUAGCAUUAGUUAAUGCUCACUAUGAAUUUAUAUAUGUCAACGUUGGUGUUAAUGGUAGAGUAAGCGAUGGAGGAGUUUUUCGUGAAAGCGAUUUGGCAAAAUAUAUAAAUGAUCCACAAAAUCCAUUAAAUGUGCCAAAAGAUAAGCCAUUAUCUGGUAUGAAUCAGCCUAUUCCUUUUGUUAUUUUAGCUGAUGCGGCUUUUCCAUUGCAAAAUCACUUAUUGAAACCUUAUCCAUCACGCAACUUGUCUCAUGAUGAGCGAAUAUUUAAUUAUAGACUAAGUAGAGGUAGAAGAGUAGUUGAAAAUGCUUUUGGCAUAUUAGCUAACAGAUUUCGUGUUCUUCUAACACAAAUAUAUUUAUCCGUAGAAUCAGUUCAAAAUAUAACACUUGCUUGCUGCGUUUUACAUAAUUAUAUCAUUAAAGAAAAUAAUUCUUUAAAAGGAGUAGAUAUUGAAGAUUUAGAAAAUGAAACCGUAAUACCUGGCACAUGGAGAAAUAAUAAUGUACAGUUACAUAAUUUAGAUGUUGUAAACAUAAGACCUAGUAGAAAUGCAAUUUAUAUUCGUGAUAUUUUUAAACAAUAUUUCAAUACUGUUGGAAGAGUUGAAUGGCAAGAAGCUAUGAUUUAA